AUGCCACGAUCGCCCGGAGAGUCCAAUCCGGUGUUCGUCACCGUCGGCACCACCUCGUUCGACGCCCUCAUCGAGGCUCUGGACUCCGAACGAACCGUCAAAGUCCUCGAACAAAGAGGAUUCACAGAGUUGACGCUGCAGAUCGGUCGAGGGACGUACGCGCCGACGACGCUGCGCACGCGUGGUGCGUUUAAAGUGCGCGUGGUGGAGUAUCUGCCGAGUAUCGAACGGGAGAUCGCUCGCGCGGGUCUGGUGAUCUCGCACGCGGGCGCGGGGUCGGUGUUCGAGACGCUGCGGAGCGGGACGCCGCUGCUCGUGGUGGUGAACGAGCGGUUGAUGGAUAAUCAUCAGGUGGAGCUCGCGGAGGAGCUCGCGGAGCGUGGGUGUUUGAGAUGGUGCGUCGCGGAUGGGAUUUUUGGAGCGAUCGAGGCGUUGGAGUUGGACGGGAGCGGGUUCGCUCGGAAGGCGUACGACCCGGGUGAGUGUUCGAUCAAGGAGCGGCUGGAGGAACUACUCUUCUAA